AAAGGGUUCCGAGUUCCCUUUCAAAAAAUGUGUAUAUAAAGGCCGAUCCACAGUUAUGACAACAGUUAGAAUUAGUUGCAUUGCCGGCCAAUUCGAUAGAACAUGAAAUACUUUCAUCAAAUAAUCGGUAUCCUGAUGGGAUACGGGCUCUGCAUCCGAGCGUUGGUUCAUUACGAAAAAUUGGAAAAGGGAGAGAAUGGUUGCAAAAGCAAAGAAGGAGCCGAAAUGAAAGUGGGUGAAGUUGUUGAUGAUCCGCUAACAUGCGGAGUCUUCGUUUGUCAGAAUGUAGAUGGCGAUGCCCUGAUACACUAUUGCCAGAAACCAGCUCCUUUCGAGAACUGUUUAACCGAUGGCGUUUCUACAAUCACUCCCUUUCCGGAGUGUUGCUGGAAAUGUGUAAACUAUAUUGAAUGUGAUGCUGCUGCAGGUAAUGAUGCAGGUGGUGCAGGUGGUGGAGGAGAUGCUGGAAGAGCUGCUGCUGGUCUACCACCUCCUGGUGAUGCAGGUGGCGGUGAUGCAGCUGGUGGGGCUGAUGCAUAUUUUAGAGCUUUUGCAGACGCGGCUGAUAAUCAAGGGAGAGAUGCUAAUGCUGGUGAAGGCGCAGAUGAUAAUUUACCGCCAAAAACAUAGGUCUAACAUGAAGUUAAGAAAAUGUACAUACAGUAGAUCAAAAUAGUAAUUUUAAUAAUUAAAACUUAAAAAAAAUCAC